AUGCUGAUCGAGCAGCGGACCGAACCAGGGAGACAAGACUGGUCCUCCUAUAGGCCCUCAAAAUCAUUCGCACUGCAUCAUAGAGCUGCCAAUGGUCUGAGCAGGGCAUCGGCUACGGCAGUGUUUGUUGACCCAAACGAGGAAUCGCGGGUCGCCCUGGCGAUCACAGAAUCCAGGAUGCCUUCCAGUCUGAAUUCCGUAGAAGAACGUGUAGACGCUCAUUCCACCAUGCGCGUGCCUCCAUUUCUCCAGCCCGUGGUAAAUGCGCACUACACAAGCUGUGGCAGGCAAUCUCCCGCCUCUGCUUCUGAAAAGGUAGGCAAAGCAGCACCGAAGGAGCAGGCUGCAACGUCAAAGAACGGUAGGUUACCGUCAGCUCCUUCGACAGCAUCUACGACGACGGCAGAAACCACAACAAAGGUGACAGUUGCACCUUCUAGAGAGCCCUUGCAUGGAAACAUGAGAGCCGCAGCCACUCUGUUGGCAUGCAAAGAAACACAAGUAAACCCUGCACAAGGAGAUGCAGGGACUAUUUCUGGGAAAACGUUUCAAGAAGAGCCUUCCCCUGCCUCAGCAUUGAAUCCUCACAAAUCCACACAUCUAAGUGUUCCUGCAGCAUUUGAGGGAUGCAGUGUGCCAGACAAACAGUGCUCGGCCAUGAAGCAGAGAACGCAUUCAAACGAAGAUACUCUGGCAAAGAAAGGUACUUUACAGUCUAUACGAGAUAUUAGGGCAACUGCUGAAGAAGGCUCAGAGGGAACCAAAUGCAAAGGGAUGCAGUAUGAUCAAUCAGUAGCUCGUCUCGUUGCGGCUCUGGGCGCAUCCAGCCUGCGCUUGGCAGCUGCUGCAGAAGAGGGUCUUGACAGCAGCUCUUCAGAUGAUCGCAGCAGAACAUGGCAGCACUCAGAGAGAUCUCCAAUACGAACAUCAGUAAAUGCAGAAACCGACCCUCUCCGGACGGUAUCACCUUCAACUCCAGCCACGAAUUCUCUAGCAUUUACGCAGACACGAAGUUCCCCUUUUACGCGACGCGUCCCUUCUACUCCAAAGGCGGCUGCAAAGAGCAGACGAAAAUUAUCCCCUUUUGUAGACGUUUCUCGAAACCGCAGGUCUCAAGAAUCUGCACAGCAAACACCAUCACAACGAUCCCUCACUAAAGAAAGAUUAAGAGCUGGCAGGCGCAGUGACACAAUAAAUCAGAAACAGAUUGUCAACCAUCACCAUAAGUUCGAGGCUAUUCUUCUGGACUUACGUGCGAAUGCACAGACAGCUAGUAUGGCGUCUCAGGAGAGUGAGGCGCUGCCUUGCCGCAAUACUUGCAGUCCACCUGCAGUGGGAAGCACUCGGAGCAGCAAUUCAGACAGCAAGACUUCCAUUACGGAGGUGCGGACCACUUUUUCGAAAGAAGCCGCGGUUUUUCCAACCGGUACUCCAGAUGGCCUUCCUUGGGAUAGCCUUCAUCGCUCAGCAGAAUGGCCUUUGCUGGCGCAUGGGCCGCACAGGAGUGAAAUUUUGAGGCAAGAUUGCGUAUCCAACGCUGACCAUGGAGAGGAAGAGCGUCAGUUUUCUCUGUUGUUACAACACUCCCUUGGCUUGUUGAGACGAGAAGCUGCUCGGUGUUUCGCAAGCACGCAAGCUUCUGUCAAGCAGAAACUUUGGAGGGAGCUACAACACGAGCGGCACUUGAGGCUGCAGCUUCAGCAAGAGCAUCAAGUGGGAUAUGCAGCUGCUGAAGCGGAGCUGGUUUCUUUACGUGCUCAGCAAGUGGAGGAUCACGAAAGGAUGGAGAAAAUAUUGGGGCUUUGCUGCAGGAGGAAGUACGCAGAUGAGGGCUCUCAACUUCUUCGCUUUGCGUGGAAAGGAUGGCAAAUCCAGCGAGUGCUCUCAGGAAGGCUCAAAAAGCUUCAAAAAGCUUUGCAGCAGCGUUAUCUGUUCAUGCUACAGCUGCGGACAUUCUUGCCAUGGAGAGCCGCAGCUGCAAGACGCACGCUCGAGCAGAAGAUGCAACGAACACAGAUGCUUUUCCAGCAGGAGGUGCAACGACUUGGACAAGCCCACCUGAAAAACACACAGAAACAACAACAGGAACUUCAGCAGCUUCAGCAGCAACUGCAUUGUGAGAUGCACCUCCGUGAGUGCCUGCAACAGAGCCUCAUUGGAUUGGUUACCGGGGGAGGUGUCACGGCGGCUUCUCAGGGAGCUAGCUUUUCAAGCCCCAGGGGUACGAUUUCUUUCGCUCCCGCAGCGGCUUUAAGAAUACAAAAGCAGGAGCGACAACAGCGGCCGAAAGAUCCGGAAAAUCAUACAAGACGGCAGAGGUUACUGAGAGUAGUUGGCACGCAGUCGCACCUUAGGAGCCGGCAACAACCAACGAGCCAGAAUACAUCUAGGCAGCAGCAGGACGAGCAACUACAUCGGUUUCAUUAUCCCCCCAAGCAACCCUGGUGCCACUGGAUCUCGCAAAAUGCGGGGCUGGGAGUACCUAUACUAAAUGCCCUUUACAAGGUAGAUCCCCGAGCAGCAAAUGGCGUUGCAGCAGAUGCUGCUCGGCGCGUCAAGUUUAUGGAUGACCAGGCACAGCAAGAACAGCAAACCCAACGGAAAUUUCUGCUUUCCAACUUACUUCCUGACUCUUUGCCGCAAGGGCAGAAUUACACUGGUGAAUCAGCAGGAGUAUCAUCGUCUUCUCAGGCCUGUAGGCAUCAUCAUUGCAGCUCCUCAGGGCUUGCGUCUUCUUCCGUUCCAAAUUUUGGUUGUUGGGAGCUGAUUCCCGACAAUUCAUUCAAAAAGAAUGCUGCAGCAGUAAGGCGACAUUCAUCUGAGGACGAUUCAUUCCUGCAGCAGGUUUGCUCUCAACCAAAUGGAAGCCUCGGAGAAAAACGCAACUAUUCUGGUAGUGCCUCAUGGAACCCUGCCCCCGUCGGCUCCUUUGGACUUGAGUUCCACUCACACAAGCAGACAAGGUGGACAUCAGCAAGGCAGUCCAAUCCAGAAGUAUAG